AUGGGGGAGGGUGAGACAUCUACCGCCAUUUUGCGUUUUUUACAAAGUCAGGAGUCUAAGUUAAAAGAUAAACUUUCUCCUCCUGAUACUGAGGAAGAUGAGAGUAAAUCUGAGCCUACAUGGCUUGAUGAGCAGGAUCGUCUUGCUGAGUACGAAUCAUCUCAGUCUGAGCGUGCUAAUGAUAUGACUGUGAAAGCUAUCCAGAAACUACGUGCUGCGAAUAUCUUACGUUCGUAUGCUGAGGGUAUCCAUGCUGAGCUUGAGAAGCUUAAAUCUGAGCCUGGUGAUCAUUCAGGUGAAGAGCUUAAGUUAACUACGCAGCUUGAGGCAAAUUUGGCUCGCGUUGCAUUGUUACACAAGCAGUCUGAACUGCUGCGUCAUGAAGCAGAUGUGGCCCGGAUCAAACUUAACAAUGUCCAUUCUUCCGCGGAUCAUUCUAGUUUGUUGUUUCAAGAUUGCAACAUGUUAAAAAUCGGCCCUUUGUUUUAUUCUGCUCGCAGUGACAACAUCGACCAUAAGGACCGUGUUCCGCUUAUGGCUAAAUUGAAUGGGAAUUCUUUGGUGAUUUACCAUGAUCGCAAACCUCAGAUUACGUAUUACUUGGUUGACAUAUCGCUUCCUACAAGGCCAGCAGAGAAUGCGCCUAGUUGUUUCACGUUUGUUUACCGUGGAGCUCCCCAGGCACUUUGUGCUGGCAGUGAGGUGUCAUGCCACAGUUGGAUGAAUGCUCUUACUGAGGCUUGGUUUUGCCGUAAUGCCGGUCUUAAAGGUGUGAUGGUUCGGCCUAAGGAUGGGAAGAAUGUGAAGGUUAGAAGUGGCGCUGGUAAAGAUAAGUCGAAGAAAGGUGCUGAUACUCUCGCGAAGUAUGCUGUGAAGGAUAACCCCGAUAAGGGUCUCAUAAACAUGGAGGUAUAUGUUGAUGAUAAGAAUAAGACGCAUAUGACUGUCAACGGUAAGGAGCAGCGUGUCACUGGUACUGCUGACAUCAUCAACUUUCAAGAGGUGUUGAAGGACCUUGAGAAUAAGAAGGGCUGA